CAGACGGGUAUGUGGUCGCGUGUAAUAACAUAAAGGCAGCGCUAGCCCAGGAAGGACCACCGAGAAUACCCGCGGCCACCUGUCCGGAUAGGUCUGACGGACCGUGCGUUGAAAGUGCAUCGUGGUGUGGUGUCGUUUUUAAAAGGUGUCACAGACCGUUUCCCGUAGUUUGGUAGGGUAAUGCUGUUCGAUGCUGAAUGGUAAACAGUAUAAAUACGACUUAAAUCAGCCAAAACGGACAAAGGUGCGGUUGGCUCGUGCCGUGAAUCCUUGGAAACCAUCAGGAUUAUCCCUAUCGGUCAAUGAGAUAAAGCAGGUGCGAGUGCUUUCUCCUCCAGCCCAGGCGGACCACCCCAGCUAGGGAAGUAGCGACGGUCGGGCCUGUAUGGGCAACGUGGGCAUCCGGUCAACGGGGCCUGCGACAAGCUGCGACCGCAACGACGACACUGUAACACCAGCACCACCGGAGUCGCACGGUACGAACCGGACCUCGGAAUGCGAUAGAGCCGACCACACAGGGAGGGAUACGGUAUCGGCAUCGGAACAACACCCCGACCAGGCAGGGCAGACGGCAAAGAGAAAGGCUGUGACGUUCCAGCUGCCCCCAUCAGCUGACGACGCGCACGUGAGUUGGCUCCGGUUGCGGUACCAUGAGGCAGUAGCCCGUCUUGCUCGCACCGAGUGGCUUCGACGCACCGUACCGGUUCUGGCCAAUGCACUGCACGCUGCCGGUGAGGUCACACCGUCCAACCGAACGUGCAGCGAGCGAGGAGAACGCUCCCGUCGAAGGGCCCCGUACCGGGUGCGCCCAUUGGCACGUAUUUCCCGUCGCCGCUGGCACCAGAAGACGCUGGUCAGUGAAACGCAGCUUCUUAAAACCAGCUGGCCGGUACGACAGACGGAACAGCUCUUUCUACCCGCCUUUCCGGUGGACGAACGGCGUGACCGUCGCUACGGAAACCGCGUGCACGUGGCGAACGGUGCGUUCGGGCGUGUGUUUCAAGUUUGCGAAAGUGCGGCCGCGGAGCAGACCACCCGUCCGUCGCAGUAUGCACUAAAGGUGUAUCGCAAGUCGGAUAUUGUUUUCUCCGACGCGGUACAACAGCUCGUAGAUGAGGUGAACAUACAGACGAUCUGCGGUCAUCAUCCUUUCAUUGUGCGCUGCGUUGAUUUCUGGCAAAGUCGAACGCACAUUUUUCUACUUUCCAAUUAUUACGGCAAUGGAGAGUUAUUUCAGCGGCUGAAAAUAUUUUGUUCCGAGCUCAGUCGGCUGUAUGUAGCAGAGUUGGCGCUAGCGAUCGAUUUUCUCCACAACGCUGGUAUUAUCUACCGCGACCUAAAGCCGGAAAAUAUACUGCUCGACGACGACUAUCACAUCAAGCUGAUCGACUUUGGGCUGAGCAAGUGGCUUCGCAUCGGCAGCCGCACUUCGACGCUCUGCGGCACUGUACAGUACAUGGCGCCGGAAAUAAUACGCGGUGAACCGUACGGGCAUGCGGUCGACUGGUGGGCGCUGGGCGUACUGGCGUGCCGGAUGUUCACCGGGCAGUAUCCUUUUGACAAUCUGUCGCGGUACUUGUUGGAACGUCCCGGUGACGGAGCAGCCCAAGAAUCGGCGACUACCUCAACGGAGCGACCAGAGCCCGCUUGGAUACUACCGGAAGCCGUCGAGCGACUUCCGCCAGCCGAGCGGGAUCUGCUUCAGCGGCUGCUGCAACCAGCGCCAGAGAAGCGACUCCGGUCGCUGCUGCAGCUGCAGCGUAUCGCCAUAUACCAGCACUACCGCUGGGAUGACGUGCGCAACUUUAAGAUGAAGCCGCAGUCGUACAUGCAACAGAGCUGUGGAGAAUACGAGACGAUGCAGGAGAUGUUUCCGGAGUUCCAAUGAGACACACCGGCCAUCAGUAUCGACGCGUGUAUAGAGAAGUGAAAUAAACCGAUUUGC